AUGAUUACAAGAAAUCUGCUCCUACUGGGUUUCCUGUGCCUGUGGGAGGGGCUUGUAGGAGGUGCCUCAGCCAGUAAGAUCUUACGUAGGAGAGGAGUGGGCGGAUCACACGCAGUGAAGCUAGUGGACAGCAGAUCUACGGACCAAUGGGAUGCAAGCGUGGAUGCAAAUUCAAUGCCGGUGGUGACUCUUAGAAACCUGAUUAAUCAUGACCAGGCGGGUGACACCGGAUCUUUUUCUUAUACCAGAAUAGUGCAGAGUCAUGCUGCUCCGCAAGUAGCCAACAAGGAGAGGCAAGCUUUCAAGCCAAAGCGAGAGGUCGACUCAGUAAGCAAAAAAGAAGGGGCUCUGCACCUGGUAGCCAAUAACAAGGAGUUAAACCAGGAUGUGAAGAAAGUUAGGAACAACACAAAGAACUUUGAGAGUCCUGCCAAAACAGCCAGGUCAGAGAAAACAUUCACAAUCCACCAUAAGCUCGAUGGACAUACCAACAGAACCAGGUUCAAGUCAGGAUCCAGAUCAAGGAGCAGACCUGAUUUGAGUGUCCAUACUACAGGGGUGCCAGGGAAAGGAUUCAGCGUGGAUUCAAGCAGAAAGUUGAACCUAACUGGUAGUUAUGGUGUUUUGAAGCUGCUGUCAAAGGAGAACUUAGUCCGGAUCGUCAAUUCCCAAAUGCAAAGUGUUCCCAGCCUGAGCUUCCCCAGCAAGGGCAGCCGGAGCAGGAAAAGAGAUUUGAUUGACGUUAAUCACGGACAGUUAGAGGCUCAGAGAGUGCAGAGACAAGACACGGCUGUCACUCAGUUUCACACUGGAUUUGAUAAUCAGACUGCAUAUCCUUAUGUAAGCCCGGUCCCCACUCCAGAUCUUAAUCGAGACCAGGGCGCCAACACUCGUAAUAAUCCUCUAAGUGAAGUCAAUCCAGCUUCAAGUAAAGGGCAGGGCAUCUUGGGAAUGCAGGGUUCAGAUAGUGGCGAUAAUAAGAGCAAACACCUCGUCCGCUCGCUGUCAACACCUCGCAGCGAGGUCAGUCUCAGCCUGGAGAAAGAAGUAAUAGGCAGUCACACAGAGCCACCAUUUACAUCGACGAAACACUUCCCACUGUUUGCUCCCUCUGAAACAAAUGAUUCUCCGCCGUCUGUGCUGACAAUGCAACCCCUGGGACUUAGACCGGGGAACAGAGCAGCAGAUUCCCAUAGAGACCCAUUAACAGAGUCAGCUCACUCUGCUCAAACAGAACCCAGCACAGCUCAGUACCCCGCAGAUGAAGACAACAAACUUGUCAACAGCAGUCAUGUCCUGAGGCUCCAUCCGGCUCCUGAGUGGAGCCACAAUGUAGAAGACGCUGCGAUAAGCAGAGGAGUCAGAGGUGGAGGGGCGGAGUUACCUGACCGCAUGGAAAAGAAGGGGUCACGCUCUCGCAGCAGGAGGAGCUGGAUCUGGAACCAGUUCUUUGUGAUCGAAGAGUACGCCGGGCCAGAACCUGUGCUCAUCGGAAGGCUCCACACCGACAUGGACAGGAAUGAUGGACGCACUAAGUACGUCCUGCGAGGCGAGGGGGCGGGCUCGGUCUUUGUGAUAGACGAGAAGACGGGUAACAUCCACGUCACCAAGCCACUGGACCGUGAGGAGAAGGACGAGUACCGUCUCAUCGCCACGGCCACAGACAGGCAGACCGACCGGGCCCUGGAGCCCUCGUCACAGUUCAUAAUUCGGGUUCAGGACAUCAACGACAACCCGCCUGUCUUUGAUGAAGGCCCCUACAGCGCCACUGUGCCUGAGAUGGCAAAUAUCGGCACGUCUAUAAUCCAGGUGACAGCGACAGAUGCUGAUGACCCAACUUAUGGGAACAGCGCCAAGCUGGUGUACACACUGGUGCAGGGCCAGCAGUACUUCUCAGUGGAUCCCCAGACAGGUAUUCUCCGCACAGCUGUGCCGGACAUGGACAGGGAGACCCAGGACCAGUACCUGGUGCUUCUUCAGGCCAAAGACAUGGGAGGCCACCUGGGUGGAUUAUCCGGGACGACCACAGUCACCGUGCGGCUCUCUGACGUCAACGACAAUCCUCCACGCUUCACUCAGAGUAUGUGGUCCUUCUCUGUGUCUGAGCUGGCCAUCCCCGGGGCUGAGAUUGGUCGUAUCUCUGCGACUGACGCCGACCUUGGAGAGAACGCCAAACUGGACUAUACCAUCCUGGAGGGGGAGACCGGGGACACGUUCAACAUCACAGGGGUGAACCAAGAGGCGGUGAUCACGCUCAACAAGGCGGUAGAUUAUGAGAGCCGGAGCUCCUACUCCUUCUCCGUGGAGGUCCUCAACCCCAUAGUGGAUCCACGGUUCCUGCGUCGAGGCCCCUUUAAGGACCGGGCGUCUAUCAGAGUAGCAGUGCUGGAUGCAGAUGAGCCUCCCAGGUUCUCCCGAGCUCGAUACCACAUGGACGUGUCCGAAAACUGUCCACCAGCCUGCACAGUGGGUCGAGUCAGUGCUGUAGACCCUGAUACUGGACUUACCAAUAAUAUCAGGUUCUCCAUUGAUCCUCAGUCGGACCCGGAGGCUCUGUUUCGUAUCACCCCGGACACUGGCCUCAUCACCACGGCCGCAGAGCUGGACCGGGAGCGCGAGCAUUGGCACAACAUAACUGUCAUCGCCACGCAGAGAGACAAUCCCAACCAGGUGUCCAGAGUUGUGGUUGCGAUAGAGACGUUGGACCUGAAUGACAAUGCACCUGAGCUGGACAGACAAUACACUACAGCCUUGUGCGACUCCUCCUCCAUUGGACAGGUGGUGCAGGUGUUGCGGGCGAUUGAUAGAGAUGAGGGAGGGAAUGACAGCACCGUGUAUUUCAGCAUCCCUCCGGAGUCCAGUGCUGCUCUCAACUUCAGCGUCAGGGACAGCGGUGGGCCCACAGCCAGCCUGGUCCUGCUGUCCCAGCUGCAGCCGCUGUCCCGCUCUGCGUCCUCCACCCUGACGCUCUAUGUGCCUCUGAUCCUGAGGGAUGGGACAUCGGGCCUCACCAACAGCGGGACGGUCACUGUGUCCGUCUGUCCCUGCCUGAGAGGGGGGGCACGGGCCGGGGAGAAAGAGAAACAGGCUGAGGGCGAUUGGGACUGGGAAAGAGAGGCCGUGUGUCUCCCCCAGCAGUCGUCGCUGCCCUCCCCUGGGCUCAGUACAGCCGCCCUGCUGGCUAUUCUGGCUUGUGUCGCUACACUACUGGCGGUGAGUGCCCUGUCAUUGUCUCUGCGCCGUCAGAAGCGUGACUCGCUGUCACCGCUGGAAGAAGACGACGUACGUGAGAAUAUCAUAACCUAUGAUGACGAGGGCGGGGGCGAGGCCGACACCGCUGCCUUUGACAUUGCUGCACUCCAGAGUGCUCCACACAGCUCCCGCACACGUGGCUACCGCACACUAGACAGCAGGAAUAUACGCUACACCCAACGUAACCAAGAAAAAGCACGAACAUACACCUGGGCUCAGAAUCCAGGUGUAGACCACAACUACACAGGACCAGGGGGACCUCUUUAUGGCCGCCUCUGUUACAGCAGCCACACUUUACCAGUUCUGCGGCGCACACCAGGAGGAACAUUUGAACCAGGCCUGGCAGAGCUGGGAUACCGCUUUCCUGGCGGCCAGCCAGACCACUCUCUGGUCAUCCAGAACCAGGGGGCCAUGGUCGGGGCAAUGGAGUCUGGGGCGGUGUACAUCGCCCCAACAGACCUCAGCACUGGGAGCAGAACAGGGAGUCGCACCGGAAGCCGUGAUGGGACUGGGCCCCAAAGUGGGGUGAGCACGUCAGAUGGAGGAACGCCAAGGACCAGUGACAGCCAGGAGAGAGGAGGGGGGACGGGGAAUGGAAGCAACUGUACAGAGGAGAGCAAUGGGGACAAAGGGCACCACGGUCAAGACGUGGACUGGGUGCAGUCUGAUACCUUACCCAGGGAGCAAAACCUCGUCAUGACCAGGUCUGGCUCCCUGAUGGGCCCGGCGGGUCAAAGCAGCGGAGGCUGGGUGUGCGACUCGGCUACCCUCCCCCUGGCCUCUCGCAGGGCCUCCCGCAGCGGCUUGUCUCCGAAACGCACAGGCCCUGGUCAGGCUGAAUCUGACUCCUGCGGAGGUGGAAAUGGUAAUGGAGGCACCUCCACAGAUGGACAACCUGCCAGUGGACGAAACUACACCACUGUUCAGCAAGUGGAGGUGUCUGGACAGAGGGACUACCCUGGCAGCUUGGGUAGAGGAGGACUAGAGAUGGGAAGCAACUUUGUUGUGGCAAGGCCAGAACGGGAUGGCGGAGGGGUAUCAUCCGUCUACCCAGAAGCAGCUGGCUUUAUUGGGGACUGGCGUGAUCGAAUGGGCCUUGGGGGAUAUGUUUUGGGCAGGAGAGAUAUAACCCCCCAGUUGUUUCCUUUCGCUGGGCAGCCAAGGGGGGGAUACGGAGGAGUGAUGGGCUUUGGGGGGGGCUGGGUCCCAGGAAUGGAUGCUGGGAGAGGCGCUCAAGGUCCUGGGGGUCCCUCUUUGGCACUGAGGGUCGGUGAGUUCCUUCGUCUGCGUCUUGCCCAGGUCACCUUUGACCCUUCACAGCCACCAUACGACUCCGUACAGGUGUACGGCCUGGAGGGCACAGGGUCUCGGGCUGGAUCCCUCAGCUCUCUGGAGAGCGAAGGAGAGAAGGAUUCAGAGAAGGAGGAGUGGGGGGCAGGGCUGGAAGAUUCUGGAGAGCUGCACUGA